AUGGAGCCCGAAAACACGCGCCCGGCAUCGCAGCUUAUAGCGGGCUUUGCCUCACCUUCAACCCCAACAGGCCGGUCUUCCUCACAAAGAAGCCUUGCAGGACAAUCAGUUCUAGAACAAAGCUAUUUGGGACAGUCUAUCCGCUCCAUUCACCCUCCGCCUCCACCUCCGCCAGCGCAUGAUGCGGAGAAAGACGAGCUACGUGUUCAAGUCAGCACACUUCGAUUCGAGUUAGAAAACAUCAAGCAGGAGCGAGAUCUCCAGACUCUUCGAUUCGAGAAAGAGGCGCGGGAGCUACAAUUGAAAGCAGAUGCAGAUUUCAAAAGGGCACAGGCUGCCGAGACCGUAAGCAACCGUGCCACCCAUAAAUCAGAUGCCCUGGCGAAGGAGUUGAAGGACACCCAAGAACAAGCGCUGAAUGAGAAAGCGAGCUUGGAGCGGAAAGCCAGGAAUCUUCAAGAUCAAAAUCAGAUGAUUCAGGAAGAACUCUCCGAGACCCAAGCUCAAGCCUCUGAUCACGAACGCCAGUUCAAAUACCAGAUCAACGAGCUGGAAACCGUUCGCGUCUCCCUUCAAAGAACAAUCGAGGAGCUUCAAAAUGACCUUCUUGAGGCGCGUGCAGCCCAGCAAGCGACACAGGAGAAACUGACCCAACGAGAAGCGGAAGUUGCCGAUCUCGAGUCAGAAAACAUACGUUUGAAAGCAGAAGGGAGCGACGGAGAGGCACUUGGUGUUCUCAAAAGGGAGCUUACGGAACAAGUCACCCACCUUCGCGAGUUGGAGUCGACAAACCGGGAUCAAGUGGCAGAGUUGCAACACCUACGAAAAGUUCAGAAAAAUGUACAAGUGGUUGAAGAGCAGAAGAGAUCGCUUGAAAAUCAACUGCAGCUCAUGAAAGGUGUAGAGGCAGAAUAUGAAACUCUCCAGAUCCAGAAGCAGGUCUUAGAGGAUGAACGUCAAUCAUGGUCCAGCCUUCUCGAGGAGAAUGACCAGCCGGCAGAGUUCGACUCCCCCGAGGCGAUCGUCAAGGCCCUGGUUCAGGCGCGAAUCGAAAAAGCGACCUUUAUUGACCGUCUUGGUGCCGUUAAUGCACAAUUCCUAGAAAAAGAUGAAUUGAUCAAGACUCUGGAGGAUGAGAAGACCAAACUUCGCCAAGAGUUGGAAACCGCUCGUGCAAGCACAUCCGGGAGCAUCGCCGGAGGCGCACCUACGGCGUCGGAUGCUCGGGCUCGGGCUAGACUGGAACGACAGCGUGUCCUGGCAGUGAAGGAGGUCGAAUACCUACGUGCACAGCUCAAGACCUUUGACGAAGAAGAGACAACCAUGAACGCUGAACAAAGCCAAUUUGAUGAACAGAAGGCCACUCAGAUCGCACAGCUGCAGCAACUAGUCGAUGAGUACCGCACUGAGCUCCACAAAGUUCAUGAGGAACUUUCUCAGCGGGAAGCGCCUCAGGACGACUCACAACCCCGGGGCAUCAAGCGUCCGCUGUCACCGGCAGACAGCACGGCUGACAGUGAACGCCUUGCAGUGCUAACACGGAAAAAUCGCAAGCUGCAUGACGCACUCUCCAAAUCUGAACAAGCCACGACGCUUGCCAGGAAAGAGCUAGAUGCUGCCAAAUCCCAGUUAAGGUCACUCAAAGCCAAGACCCGCACUCGCGUUCUAGAACUUCGCGACAACCCUACAGCCGAAGCAGAAAAGAUUAAAAUGACCACGCUCAGGACUCUGCAGUCAGAGAAUCGGGAUCUUCUUGCCCAACUACGUGGCGAUCAUGCCGGAAUAAAGGUUGUUCCCGUCAGCACGCUUGAGAGCCUCAAGCUCGAACUUCAAGAAAUGGAGCAAAUUGUCGCAGACAAAGAGAAACGUAAUCGUCGCCUAAGAGAGAUCUAUUCCGCCAAGGCUACUGAGUUUAGGGAAGCUGUUGCAUCAUUGUUAGGAUACAAGCUGGAUAUCCUCCCCAAUGGCCGAGUACGUGUCACAUCCAUGUUCCACCUCUCUCCGGAAUACCGACAUGGUGACCCAGGCGCAUCGUCGGAUUCCCGUGGACCAGGAAGCAUGGGCAACGGCGAGGAGAACUCCAUCCUUUUCGAUGGUGAGAAUGGAUCAAUGAAGCUGUCAGGUGGAAAUAAUAGCCUCUUCGCCAUGGAGAUCAAACCUUUGUUGAAAUUCUGGGUACAAGAGAGGAAAGACAUUCCUUGUUUCCUUGCAGCUAUGACUCUGGAUUUCUACGACAAGACCACCCGCGCAACGCGGCUUUGA